CGAUAUUUUAUACUUGGUUUCCGCUCGUUUUGUCUGUGUUGGAUUUUAUCGAUAGUGGAAAGUUCAGUUUUAGAUUGCCUUAUAUGUGUUGCUCAUGCGACUUGGGUGUCGGCGGUUACAAUUUUAAGCUUGGAUUUGUGUCUGUUUAGCUCGUUGUUACAGCUUUGUGUGCAUUUUGAUAUAAUCAAUAAGAAUAUUCUUUUGAUUGAAGCUACUAAAGGUGAAGAAGCAAUAAUUCUACUAAAGAAACAAGUUGUGUAUCACCAGGAAAUGCUGAGCCUGGCUGAGAAGUUAAAUAGUGUUUUUACGCCAUCGGUACUUUUUAGUCUUCUGUCAUCAUCUUUGAUCAUUUGCUUUACGGGAUUUCAACUUCUUGGAGAAAUAACUUUGUUCAUAGUCGUCAAAGCAAUUUUUCUAUUGGCAUAUGAAUUGAAACAAGUUGCCAUUACUUGCUUUUUAGGCGACAAACUAAUUGAAAUUAGCUUAAAAAUAAGUGAUGCAAUUUACGAACACAACUGGUACAAGGGAACUCCAAAAUAUAGACGACUUGUUUUGAUGGUCUUGAUGCGAUCACAACAUAGUGUUGCUCUCCAUAUUGCUGGUAUUUCAGAUAUAUCACUUCAAACAUUUAGACAGGUUAUGAGCAUCUCGUACCAAAUCUUCACUGUUCUCAGGACUGGAUAAGAUAGGACAAUCGCACUUUAUUUAUUGGAAAGAAAGCAGGAUUUUGUCAUAUUAAUAUUUGUGUUGUUCUUAAAUUUAAAACAAGAAAUAAAUUUAGUACAAGAAAAACUUUAA